CUUCCUGUCUCCUCCCCUUGCCACCAAGUCCUCACUCAAGCAUUGUGUGAAUCUCAGUCUCUCCUUAACGAUUACCUCAGAUUGACCUUCACAGCCUCAUCUCACCAGCUUCCUCUUCUUGCAUCUUCAUCUACCUCAAUUUUACUAUCUAACAAUUUCGAGUCUUGGAGGCACAGACCUCAACCGCCAAAUUUAGCGUCUCCCCUUGCAUCAUCGAUUUGAAGCACUUUUUGUCUCCCGGAUUUCACCACCAACUACGGGUAACAUUCACUCACUCACUCACUCCCAGACCCGAUAUUACCAGGAAGCUAUCAGCUUUUACCAAAUCCACGACUUUGACUUGACAUUCGCUCUCUGGAUUCGUCCUCAGCUACUUACAAAAUGAGUUCUACGGCCUCGGACGUGGAGUCCAUCAUGUCCGCCAACCAGCGGCUUGAUACGAGUGCACCUUCCUCACCACCCCGGGAUGACAGUGUUGAGCCCAUGGAUUCUGAGUUCGCUAUUAUAAUGAAGGAGGAAGCAAAAGCAAAAGCAGACAACAGCAAGAAAGAUAAGGCCGCGCAGAAAUCUCAGAAUGUGAAGAACCGCCGAAAGCGUAAGAAUGAGCUCUCCAAGGAGGAGAAGCUCAAGUUGGCUAAAGAGCUCGAUGAAUUGCUCAAGAAGUCCCAGGCAUUCAGCAAGAUGCUUAUGGAGAAGACCCAAGCCAUGGGUCGGGUUGGCACUAGCUUGGAGGGCGAGGCCUUGGGCGAUCACAGCCUGUCCCUCACAGCCCAACCCAAGAUCAUGAAGGGUGGCACCAUGAGAGAUUACCAGCUGGAGGGACUUACCUGGAUGAGAGAGGUGUGUCUUCAGGGGCUGUCCGGUAUACUUGCCGAUGAGAUGGGACUUGGCAAAACUGUUCAGACAAUCUCCUUAAUUGCCAAUCUAAGAGAGGAGAACUACCUUGGUCCCCAUCUCAUCGUCGCACCUUUGAGCACACUCUCGAACUGGAUGGAUGAAUUUGAGAAGUGGUGUCCCACCCUCCCAGUCGUUCUGUUCCAUGGAGAUGCCCAAAAGCGCGCCGAGAUCAAGAGGAAGCACCUGACACCAAACAUGAAGAACGGCAACCCUACCAAGAAGUUCCCUGUGGUGUGCACAUCCUACGAGAUGGUCCUAAGAGAAAGGGCAACCUUGAGCAAGUUCAACUGGGCUUUCAUUAUCAUUGACGAAGGCCACCGCAUGAAGAACUUCGAGUCCAAACUGUUCCAAGAAUUGGAGACUUUCGCAUCCGCGACCCGUAUGCUCAUUACCGGCACCCCCCUGCAAAACAACCUGAAAGAACUCUGGGCACUUCUCCAUUUCUUGCUGCCCAUGAUCUUCAAGAGCUACGAGGCUUUCGAGGCGUGGUUCGACUUUGAUGACCUCCAGGAUGAAGAGGGCGCCCAGGAGUUCAUUGCCGACCGCGAGAAUCAGGAGCUGAUCAAGAAGAUUCACGUCAUCCUUCAGCCGCUCCUUCUUCGUCGCGUCAAGGCGGAUGUUGCCGCGCAUCUACCGAAGAAGCGAGAGUAUGUCCUCUUUGCGCCCAUGACAAAGGAGCAAACCGACAUGUACAAUGCCAUCAACGACAAGGAUGUCGACACUCGUGCCUUCUUAGAGAAAAUGGUCAUCGACCGACUAAGUGCCAUUGCCCCUCCUGUUAAGAAGGAGAAGGCUGCGGUCCUCGAAAUUCCGAUCAGAAGCAGUCCUAGAAAGGCGAACAGUGAGGCAGUGCCGGGGACCAAGAAGCCCAAUGCGUUCUCGGCAAUGAUGAACCGGGCUAGAAGCUCAUCUUCCAAGCCUCAGGAAGCCGCCAAAGGGACGUCAAAGGCCUCUUCAAAGGCGUCCUCCCGUGCUGACUCCAAGCGCAAGGAAGCGCCUACCCUUGAGACUCCACAAUCCAAGAGCUCCAAGUCAUCGAGGCAGUCUACACCUUCGACCACGACCAGGAGCCGAGUCACCCGUGGCCGUCGCCGCUAUGUCGAUUCUGAUCCUGAUGAUGAAGACAAGCUUUCCGAUGACGAGUUCGAGGCAAAGCUUGCCAGAGAAGCUGAGGAAGCCGACCAGAAGGACGAUGACUCUGCCACCGUUCUUUCCCCCGAGGAACAACACCAGAUCAACAUUCUCGAGCAGGCCAAGAAGGAGAUGUCGACUAAGAAGCUUGGAAACCCAAUCAUGCAACUUCGUCUUGUGUGCAACUCUCCGCACAACUUCUUCGAUCCCUGGGGCUACGAGGGUAGUCCUCCCGUCGACGAGAGUAUCGUCACAUCGUCUGGAAAGAUGUUGAUGCUGGAUCGCCUCCUUCCCGCCUUGUUUGAUAAUGGUCAUAAGGUAUUGAUCUUCUCUCAGUUCAAGACCCAGCUUGAUAUCCUCCAGGACUACUGUGAGCUUCGGAAGUGGAAGGCCUGUCGCUUAGAUGGCUCCGUUUCCCAGGAAAGCCGUCGCGACCAAAUCAAAGAGUUCAACGAGAAUCCCGAGUUCAAGAUAUUCCUGCUUUCGACACGUGCUGGUGGUCAGGGCAUCAACCUCGCGAGUGCUGACACUGUGAUCCUCUUCGACAGUGACUGGAACCCGCAGCAGGAUCUCCAGGCGCAGGAUCGCUGCCACCGAAUCGGCCAGACUCGCCCUGUCAUUGUGUACCGUCUCGCUACCAAGGGCACCGUUGAGGAGGAGCUUCUCAUGAGUGCUGACGCCAAGCGUCGUCUUGAGAAGCUGAUCAUCAAGAAAGGCUCAUUCAAGACGAUGGGGCAGAAGAUUGACUUGAAGGAGGACCUUGACGGCGAGACGCUCAAGUCGCUGCUGCUGAAGGAUGGUCAGAUCUUCAAAUAUUCCGGUGACCACGAGGUUCUCAGCGACAAGGAUCUCGAUGUUCUAUGCAACCGAACCGACGAGGCCUACUCCAAGGCAGCUGAGGGCACCGCGAACGCCGACGGCUACAAGGUCAUUGAGACCAGCUCCGACGGUAUCACUAUUGCUGGUCAGUCGACCGCUUAAUGUGGUGCAGGCUGUCCCAUAUUUGCAUUCUCGACGUGAUAUCGGCGACACCGAGAAUCGCUCCAUAUGCCAUGUAGACCGCUGUCAUGGGAACCCUACCGAUGUCGACUGGAAGCCAGCAUCACGAGGGAUAGUAUACCACUGUGAAGAAUUGUCCACAAAAAGCUUCAUCAGAUGAAGUAUGAAGGAAGCAAGGAGUGUGGAUACUUGCUUACAAAAACCAAAUGGUAGCUGCGGAUCAAAUUACCUUGCUAGAAUAGAAGGUCAUCCUCACAUAUCAUGUAUUCUGGAUCGGGUUGGCCUACUCUCUGGAUGGCUACCUUUUCCCACUCUUGUACUAUUUACCUUUGGCGUUUGAUACCCCAGGACUGAUCAAACGAUUUGCAUUAGAUAGCUUGAAACAACACCAAUACUUGUUCAUUA